AUCUCUUUCUCGGCCCGAAUGCAGUGUGACGUCACGAGAAGAUCAUCAACAAAGUUGAGAAUUUAGCGAGAGAGACUUGACUUUCAGACUAUCGUUUACGAAAUUGUGACCUUGAUGGUCAGCCCCAACCAGUCCCGAUGAUAGACUAAGGAUCAAACUACUCAUCUGGGCAGUAUUAUUUAGAAGCUGUUGACAAAACAAUAGCAACUAGCCCGGGAAUGAUACACAAUAUUGGCUGAGGACCGCCAUCUUGGACUUCUAACUCUACGAGUAGAGAUUCCAACCCGAACAAAAUAUAUCGACGGUUGAGUCGUAAUGGAAAGCAAUGUGAACCUACAGAGUCUUGAUCCACGGAAACAAGAGUUGCUCGAGGCUCGCUUCUUAGGCAGCAGGUUCCAGCCGUUAAAUGCUUCCUCCAACCCUCAAGAUAACAGUAACCUAAGUGCUGGUUCAAACGCAGGGGACGAUGAGGCUCACUUAGUAUUAACGCCUGAAAAACCGAAGACACCUUCAGAGAGAAAGCGAAAGAGAAAAGCUACAGCCAGUGAUAGCACAGAGAGCACGACACCAAAAUCCACAAGACCCGAAGCCAAUGGCAAGAAAAUCAAUGAUUAUUUUAAGCAAAACCAGUCCCCGAGUAGGAGUUCAAUGAAUACACACCUAGGAACCAAGUCCCCCUCCCCACAGGGAAUCCCCUAUGGUUACACGGUACCGUCGCCGGGCAGUCUCAGUAACUCGGACAGUAUGGGGUACCCUCCUCAGCGGUCGCUGUAUCAGUACAACAAAGCGGUACAGACGGACGUCGAGUACGUCAACACCGGGGAACACAAAGACAAUCGCAUCGAAGACCUACUACGGCAAAACGAGGAGCUUCGGCGGCAAGUUAACACGCAGCAGUCACAGUUGACCGCACAACAGAAACUCAUAGAGAAACACAAAGAAACGUCGCAGAAAUGUCUUCAAGUCAAUAAAUCUCUUCUUAUAGAAAAGAGUAAGUUGGAGAAGAAGACGACGCGACAGAAGUCGAUGGGGAACCGGUUACGACUGGGUCAGUUCGUCACCCAGAGACAGGGGGCCACGUUCGUUGAGAACUGGGUGGAUGGAUGGGCAUUUACAGAUUUAAUGAAGCAACAAGAAAGGAUUGCACAAGAACGGGAAGAUAUUGAGAAACAGCGGAAACUUCUAGUCAAGAAAAAGCCAAAUUCUACUGUAACAAAAAAUCCCAAAAAUGACAAUUUCCUAAAACCUGGAGGAGAAAAACCUUUAACGUUAGCAGAGUUUUACGAACAGGAUGAAAUCCUAAAACUACGACAGGCUAGUCUAAAGAAAGAAGACGCUGAUAUCCAGUUAGAACUGGAGAAACUGGAGCGUGAGCGGAACCUCCAUAUACGAGAGCUCAAGCGGAUCCAUAACGAAGACAACUCCAGGUUUAAGGACCACCCUAUCCUCAAUGAGAGAUAUUUAUUAUUAAAUUUAUUGGGAAAAGGAGGAUUUAGUGAAGUCCACAAGGGGUUUGACCUGAAAGAACAGAGGUACGUGGCGUGUAAAAUCCACCAGUUAAACCGGGAGUGGAAGGACGACAAGAAGGCCAAUUAUAUCAAACAUGCCCUAAGGGAGUACAACAUUCACAAAACACUGGACCACCCGCGAAUUGUUCGCCUCUAUGAUGUGUUUGAAAUAGACAAUAAUUCAUUCUGUACAGUGCUAGAAUACUGCGAAGGAAACGACCUUGACUUUUACCUGAAGCAGAACAAAUCCAUUCCAGAGAAGGAGGCGCGGUCCAUCAUCUCGCAGACGGUCAGCGCCCUCAAGUAUCUCAAUGAAAUCAAACCACCUGUGAUUCACUACGACCUCAAACCAGGGAACAUUCUCCUGGGGAGUGGGUCGGUCAGUGGGGAGAUCAAGAUCACGGACUUUGGCCUCAGUAAAAUCAUGGACGAGGAGAACAUCACUCCGGACGGGAUGGAUCUCACUUCUCAAGGAGCCGGAACCUACUGGUAUUUACCGCCCGAGUGCUUUGUAGUGGGGAAGAAUCCUCCCAAAAUCUCUUCCAAGGUGGACGUGUGGUCUGUGGGGGUCAUAUUUUACCAGUGUCUGUACGGCAAAAAGCCGUUUGGACAUAAUUUAUCUCAAGCUGCCAUUUUAGAAGAAAACACAAUAUUAAAGGCUACAGAGGUAGAGUUUCCGUCAAAACCCCCGGUCAGUGGGGAGGCCAAGAAUUUUAUCCGCCAGUGCUUGUUGUACAAGAAGGAGAUGCGACCAGACGUUCUGCUCUUGUCCCAGCACGAGUAUCUAAAACCCACACAACUCAAGUCCAAAGGAUCCCGGUCUGACUCUAUAAGGUUUCGCUCCCAAUCCACGGAGGGAGACGAGGAACAAAGUUCUUUCUGAUCGCUGUCACUAUGGCAACAGAACGAAAACAGAAAGCAUUUGUCGGACCCUGCCUUGAUGGCUCAGAGCCCGGGACCCCCCUCAAGUACACACGCACUGACUCUCAGCCAGUCCCCCUCGUUUACAUUUGGCGAGAAACUAUGAUAAUCAAUUUAGUGUGAUAUUUCAAUUGACUUUUGUCCACCCUAACUGGAGAACAGAGAGAAAAAAGCAGGCAAGCUUAUCCUACCGAUUUGUAGGUAGGCGGGAAAUUCCGCUUUUAAAGGAGUGUGUGUGAUUCUGAAAAGAGGAUGGAAAAAAACCUUUUUUCAGCUGAGGAGAAGAGAUUAGGAUGAAAUGACUUGAGGAGUUUACUUGUCGAGUGAUUCAAGCUUUCAUGGAGGAGUGUGGGGGGACAAAAUUCCUAUCUGGAGAAAAAACUGAUGGAUUUUCCCGGAGGAAUAAAGUUGUGAAUUAUGAACCUAAUUGUAUAUAAAUUAUUGAAAAUAAU